UGCUGGUGCGCGCGGCGCUCUCCUACGCGGAGUUCAGGAAGCUGGAGCUGGCCAUCCCUGGGCCGCCCUCGCUGCCCGUCCUGGGCAACGCGCUCACGUUCGCCGCCGUGAAGCGCGAGACGGUCUUCCAGACGUGUCUCGACAUGGUGAACGCCCGAAGGGAGCUAUGCCGGUUCUCGCUGUUCAACCAACUCGUCGUUGUUGCGUCCGACCCCGAGGACAUCGCCCAGAUCAUGAAGCGCAAAGAGUUCAGCGACAAGGCCCAGUUCUUUUACGGCUUCAUCCGCUCCUUCGCGCCGAGAGGGCUGCUGCAGAUGAACGGCCCCGACUGGAAGGUGCACCGCCACGCGCUGGAGCCCGCCAUCGCCAAGGAGGCCGUCGAGACCCACUUCCACGUGUUCUCCGAGGCGGCCGACAACUUCAGCAAGAGCUUCCCCCGCCAGGCCUUCGACGUGCACAAGGCCCUGGGCCUGCCGCUGGUGCGGGUCUUCAUGCGCGUGGCCAUGCUGGCCGAGGAGCUGGGCCCGGCCGACGAGCAGCGCCUGCGCGACGCGGCGCACGUGCUGGACGAGACGCUGGAGGCCGUCAACACGCGCAGCUUCCAGCCGCUGCUGUGGCCCGAGUUCGUCUACAACAGGACGCCCAUGGGGCGACGCAUCAACCGCGCGCUGGGCGAGAUACGCGAGUUCGUGGACGCCACCAUCGUGCAGCGACGCCUGCAGGCCGUCCGCGACGCCGAGGAAGCCGCCCUCGGCCGCGGCGUCGCCCGCAAGCAGAUCAUGCUGGACAAGAUGCUGCAGAGCGACGCUUUCAGCAACCAGGACAUCAUGGACGAGUUCUUCACGUUCCUCAGCGCUUCCACCGACACGACCACCACCUCGCUCAGCCUCAUCUUCAAGAUGAUGUCCAUCUCGCCGGAGAUCCAGGACCGCGUGCGGGCCGAGGUGGACCAAGUCCUGGGCGUCGGCGCCGACGCGCGUAGUGUCGAGCUGCAAGACCUGCCGAGGCUGCAGUACAUGGAGCAGGUCAUCAAGGAGACCCAGCGCAUCGCGCCCUCCACCCCUUUCCUGGCGAGGCAGGUCUACCAGCAGACGGAGCUCGCAGGCAAGACGAUCCCCGCCAACUCGACGCUCAUCGUCAACGUGCACGGCGCGCACCACGACCCCGUGCACUGGCCGGACCCGUGGAGGUACGACCCGGAGCGGUUCGCGCCGGGCAAGCAGCACCACCCCUGCGCCUUCAUCCCCUUCAGCGCGGGGCCCAGGCGCUGCCCGGCGGGCUUCUACGCCAUGAUGGCCAUGAAGACCAUGUUCGCCUCCGUGAUUCGCGACUACGUCAUCGAGCCCGUCGACGACGGCGUCCGGGAAGCCAAAGACUUAAAGUUGACCUUCAACCUUACCGCCAGGAUUAUCGGCGGCACGUUCGUCAACUUCAGACCGCGGACAACUUUAGCCGGCUAGUUAUGGGUUUCCACCAGGGAUGACACCCAAAACGAAACAAAACCAGGCCGUCACAACGGCGGCAGAUUACAUAGGAGACUACUGUAAAACUCAAAAACGGUAGCAGCUACGUCCAAGGGUUCACCUUAUCCUUGUUUAUCGAAGUAUACCGAAAUUUUGUACUUAUAUGGACUGAGUCCAAAUUCAGCUUCUCUCGGUUUAAUAAUUUUAGGCCCCAAAACGCAUUUAACGCCGAAAACCGCGUCAUUUUUGAAGGAAGAAAAAAGUUGAGCUUUUGACCAAAUAAGAGGGGGAGUUGGCGUAGAUCGUAAGCGCCUCCAUGGUAAUAAUAUUUAUGCCUUUGUGUCUGCACAGUAAAAGAACAAGCCACUACUUACGGCAAAGCUAAAACUAUGCAAUUUUUUGUCAUAUGUUUUUAAGUCCACUUCCAUGGGCAAAAAGUUGCCUAGUUUUCUUCAGGUUUGUUUUUGUAUUGAUGUAAACUAUUCUUGUCAUGCUCUUUUGCAUAAGAUGGUGUUACAGAAAAUAAAAUUGAGCUAACAAACA